GAGGGGAAAUUGUUCAAGAUGGGUCGGCAGACACCUCGCAGUGAAAUUACUCUCGGCUCACUCGCCGCGAAAAGUUGAAGUAGUCGUCUUUUCUUUUCCCAAACUCCUGCCCAUUCUCGACUUUCCACCCGAUCGGAUCACAAGGAAUUUAAUCGGGACUAGUGUGUUGGAAGCAACGAUGAUCGGAGCAAAUAAAAGCUAGAACGACGACCAGCUGUAGAAAAGGAGAUGCGAAAUGGCACUUCUGCUCGGCGCAGGAAUGUCAACCGCCAUGGCGGGCCUCUGGCUGAUGCCCCUCAUGCUUGCCGGAAUCGCCUAUCAUCGAUAUGAGACCGUCGACCCAGAGUCCAGGGUUCUCGACGCGUCCAACAAAAUUAGGGAAGAGUAUGACUUCAUCGUGAUUGGAGGGGGCUCAGCUGGAGCCGUAGUCGCAAAUAGACUGUCUGAAGUUCCUGAAUGGAAUGUGCUGCUGAUCGAAGCCGGUGGCGACGAAACGGAGAUUUCGGACGUGCCCGGUCUGGCCGGCUACCUGCAGCAGAGCGAGCUGGACUGGCAGUACCAGACGACGUCGUCCGAAUCGUCCUGCCUGGCCAUGCAUAACCGGCAGUGCAACUGGCCCCGCGGCAAGGUGCUCGGCGGAUCGUCAGUGCUCAACGCUAUGCUCUACGUUAGGGGCAACCGGCACGACUACGACCACUGGGAGCGGCUCGGCAACCCUGGCUGGAGCUACGACCACGUGCUUCCAUAUUUUAUCAAGUCUGAAGACAAUCGCAACCCCUACCUGGCCAAGACGCCGUACCACGGCACCGGAGGCUACCUGACCGUGCAGGAGAGUCCCUGGCACACGCCCCUCUCGCUCACCUUCCUACAGGCGUGCCACGAGCUCGGCUACGAGAACCGAGACAUCAACGGCGAGUUCCAAACGGGAUGCAUGAUAGCACAGGGAACGAUUAGGAGGGGUUCCCGCUGCUCCACAGCCAAGGCUUUCCUCAGGCCAGUCAACCUCAGGAAGAACCUCGAUAUUGCUCUCAAAACGUUUGUUUCAAAGGUCGUGGUCGACCCUACAAAGAAGCAAACAGUUGGAGUGGAGAUUUUGCAAAAGGGCAAGAGCAAACGCAUCAUCAGAGUAGGAAAGGAAGUCGUCCUGAGCGCGGGUGCCAUUGGCUCGCCGCAGAUCAUGAUGCUGUCCGGCAUCGGCCCGCCGGACCACCUGGCGCGCAUGAAGAUUCCACUUGUGCACGCUUUGCCAGGAGUCGGCGAGAACCUACAGGACCACAUUGGUCUCGGAGGACUGACGUUCAUCAUCGACCAGCCGUUUACGUUCACCAAGGAGCGAUUCCAAACAGUACCCGUUGCGUUGGAGUACAUUUUGAACGAAAGGGGACCUCUGUCUACGCUUGGUGGCGUCGAGGGAUUGGCAUUCGUCAACACAAAAUACGCCAACCACUCUGAAGACUUCCCUGACGUGCAGUUCCACUUUGCGCCAAGCUCGAUUAACUCGGACGGCGGCGAGCACAUCCGCAAGAUCGUCGGCCUUCGCGAUAUCGUGUACAACACAAUGUACAAGCCCCUGGUCGGCUCGGAGACGUGGACCAUCCUGCCGCUGCUGUUGCGGCCCAAGAGCUCUGGGACGAUCCGUCUGCGCAGUCGAAAUCCGCUGCACCACCCCAACAUCCGUCCCAAUUACCUGUCGCACCCGGAGGACGUGUACACCCUAAUCGAAGGCAUCCGCAUCGCCAUGCAAAUCUCCAACUCGACGGCGUUCAGGAAAUUCGGCUCGCGGCCGCACACCAUCCCGAUGCCCGGCUGCAAGAAGUACGCCUUCGACACCGACCCGUACUGGGAGUGCGCGCUACGCCACUUCACUUUCACCAUCUACCACCCGACAGGCACGUGCAAAAUGGGUCCAGCCUACGACCAGCUGGCCGUCGUCGACCACGAGCUCAGGGUGCACGGCGUCAAGGGCCUCAGGGUCAUGGACGCAUCCAUCAUGCCCAUGAUCGUCUCGGGCAACCCAAACGCACCAAUCAUCAUGAUCGGCGAGAAAGGCUCUGACAUGGUCAAGAAUGCGUGGUACCACUCAAAGGGCGACGAGGACAUCGACCAACUGCACGAGUUUGCCGACUCGGAAGAAAACCAGACCGUGGAAUAAGGACAGAAUCCUUCACGGCAAGAGCGGUUUCAGCUGGAAAUCAAACCAAGACUUGAUGUGUGCAAUUUCAAGAUUCACUAGGCAGAGAAUCAAUAAUUAUUUAUUCGCCAGUCCUAAGUUAGUUAGACCCUGUGCUCAAUUCCUGUUCGUUUUACUUUUACCCGAAAGUUCCGAGUCAGUAAGUUUGCUAUAUACUCUCGCCAGUUGAUAAGCUCUCUUUUGGAAAAAAAUACAAGCCAUAUUAUGCUUAGGCCACUGAUGAUGAGUGACUCGAGAAGUGCUACGAUUCGUUCGACAAAUCCGUGCGUCGAGAGAGCGCACGACCGACAACAACUGUCACUCUGAUCGGACAAAUUGUGCUGAAUUAUUGUUGCGUGAAUCGGGCGGCACUCGAGCGCCGCGGUGAUGUACAACACAGACGCAGAAAGUGAGUGUGUUUGGUCCGCAAAUCGUUCCGCGAAAGACAUAUUUUCUAAGGUAACAAGGCAUGAAAUUAGCCCUGCUGUCGCUGCUGUAUUAACGCAAUAAAUAAAUUUUAUUGGAGUAA